GAUACGCGAAGGAGCCGUCGAGAUCGUCGUGGUCGAGUCAGCCGGAUCAAGUUCAGAGAUACUUUUGCCCGAGGUGUUGCAGCUCGUUCAGCAAGAAGGCGAACAUGCUGACCCAUUUCAGAUACGAGUGCGGGAAGGAGCCGCGGUUCCAAUGCCCGUACUGCGGCAAACGGGACAGAAAAUCGUCCAACACCUACAGGCAUAUCAGAACGUAUCACCAGGGGGCGUUGCCGUUGCCGGCCUACGACGAGUCGAGCGUGAUGGACGGCCACCACCACCAGAGGGGGACAGUCGAGUACAGUCGAGGAAGGAGGACAGCGAUCAAGAACGAAGACGGCUCGUUUUGGAACUCCGGCAAGAUGUCCUAUCACUGUCCCAUUUGUAACGCGGGAUACACGUAUAAGAAAACGUUGAAGACCCAUAUGAAGUACGAUUGCGGAAAGGAGCCAAGGUUCAAGUGUCCUUAUUGCAGCAAGAGGGACAAGUGUUCGUCGAACAUUUACAAGCAUAUCAGGAUGAGACACGACGGGAUGCCUGUGAUCGUGCAUAGGAAUUAG